AUAUGUGAUCUGUGCUACCUACAUUUAAAAAUGAUCUACAAUUACCAAAUACCGAUUUAAUAAUUAAUACCUUUUUGUAUUUGUUUCAAUGUUCCUAUAGCGAACAAUGCUGAGUUAUUAAAUAAAACAUUCAACUGUACACCCAUUAAUUUUCAAAUCAGUGAAGAUGAUGGUCACAAUUCAUGGUCUUCCUGUGAAUAUCAAGUAUCAGGAUCUAAAGGCAAUGAUCAAACAGGAAUGUAAGAUUUCAGACUUUAUAUUGGAUAAUCUAGUAUGUGAUACCGAUGGAUUUAGAAAAGUACGAGUAGGGCUUGCGGAUGACAUAGAAGGAGCACAUGUAAUAAAAUGUUUAAAUGGAUAUCGUCUGUCUGGAUAUAUUCUACGUGUGGCUCCUGUUGGAAAAUCCGGGGUAUUAAACCAAGCCAAUCAACUCAACCAAAGGGGGUUUCAAUCUCAAAGUUAUCAGGGUCAAACGCAAAGUGAUUAUGGUCGCGCUGACCAGCCGAGAGUAGACCCCUGGUCAAGUAGCCAGUGGAGCGCCAAUCAACCAAUUGCCCAACCCCAGCAAAAUAGUUAUGGAUAUCAACAAACACAACAAAUGAACACUUAUUCUCCUGCUAAUGUCAAUCAAGCGAUCCGGCCGCAGUAUGACCAAAGGCAGUCUAUUCUCAGUAGAAUUGGACCACCGUCACAGGGGUUCGCUUUUGCGCCAAAGAAUGAAGUGCCAACACAAGCAGCGGCCCCAGUAAGACAAGGAGUACUAAGGGCUGUGGAUAUAGUAGACACAUCCCACAUGGCAAAUCGACAUGUAGGAUCUUAUGACGUAUCACGUGAAAGAUCCGACAUGGCACGUGAUAGGCCAGAAUUGGCACGCGAAAGAUCUGACAUGGCACGCGACAGAUCUGACAUGGCACGCGACAGAUCUGACAUGGCCCGCAAUAGAAUUGACAUGGCACGUGAUCGACCUGACAUGACACGUGGGAGACCUGAUAUGUCCCGGGAAAAUGUCAUAAUGAAGGAUCACUUCCAAGGCCCUGAAUAUGGUUCACCGCAACAAGGUUCAAGUUAUUACCAAGAUCGAAAUCCAUGGGCGCAACAGCAGAAACUCGGCGACGAUCGCAAAUUCUCAGCGGACAAGCGGGAAAUAGUAAAAGAGCCACUGAUAAAGCACUCUGGCUCUUACAAAGAUUACGAUAAGGGCCAGUUUUCCCCGCAACCAAGAAUCGUGGGAACGGGAAGGAAUAUAUCACCAACAGGGAAAAGAAUACAUCAAAGUGGCAGAGAUAUUUCACCAUCAGGUCGACAAAUACCACAAUCCAGGGUUUCCCCAUCUCUCCGAAGAAUCUCCCCAUCCGGGAGACGCGUUUCCCCACCUGGCAGACGUAAUUCUCCACCUGGAAGGCGUAUUUCCCCAUCCGGAAGAAGAAUUUCCCCGCCCGGACGUAGAAUUUCCCCAUCGGGACGUCGAAUUUCUCCACCUGGAAGGCGAAUUUCCCCAUCUGGAAGACGCAUAUCCCCGCCAGGGCGGCGUAUUUCACCUGGAAGACAUGCAUCACCGCAUUCUACUAUUCAUAAAGAACAAGCUAAAAGAAACUUACCCGGUCGUCAAUCGCCCGACCGUCGCGACGAAGGUCGAAGGUUACCACCCGGACAAGAAAGAUAUUCACCGACGCACAUAGAAGAGAUAAGGCCAGCGCCGAAACAAGUUAGACCAGCGUAUGAGCCUCCAUCGGCAUCGAAUCAACCUAUUUACUCAGGUGGAUAUCGUCCGAACAUCAAUGAAAACGUUCAAUAUCCGCAAGGGAGACCAGACCGUUGGUCAGACAGAGUGAAGCCGUUCAUCAAACAUGAAGAAGAUAGACGAGAGCCAAGGAUGUCGAAGUUUGAUUCGCAAAGAGGCGUGGAUCAUCCCGUGCCAGAGGGAACAAAGCGAGCCAGGUCGCAAAAUCGUGAAUCAAGAUCUCCAAAACGUGAUCGGUCGCCAAUACGUGAUCGCUACAGAAGACAUUCGCCUUCUCCCAGAUCCCCACGACGUUCGUGGGCUUUGGAGAAAAGACGCAGUCCCGAUGACAAUGAAGCACCUCCACCGCCGAGCUGGCCAGGACAAGACCCAAGAGGACCAGACUCAAGGGACAAGAGACAAUCAUACCCCGACAGAACUGGUGAGGCCCGCCCUCCGACUUGGGAGAUACCUAAAUUUGAGCCUAAAACAGAAGACAUUCGUCGAGAACCUCGGGCUGUGGCAGAAGAGAAAAGGCACUUUGAUCGUGAAACAAUAGCUGUGCGAAAGGACUUGAUGAAAUGGAAACCAAUUAGUACUGACGGUCCAAAACAUCCUUCGAGUCGUUACAAUCCAGACGAUAAUGAAAAAUUUGCUGAACGCCACGAACAUGAAGAUCGACGCUAUAAAUCUAAUUAUACGGACGCAAAUGACCUUACUCAAAUAAAAGAAGAAUUGUCGCGACGUAUUGAGAAAAAGACAGAGAUACUGAAGAAGCAAGAAGAGCUUCAAAAAGAAAUAGAAGACGUCUAUAAACGUGCCGUGGACUUUACUAAAAAAGCAGAAAUGUAUAAAAAAGGUGAUCGAAGACACGAAGAGGAUUAUCGAGAUGAACGCCGCCAAGAUCAACACGAGUCAAAACAUUAUGAUAGAAAUGUAGAUCGUUUUGACCAAGAACGUCGUAACCGCGACGAAAUUGCGAAAAAACCUUAUAUUGAACGGAAUAGAGAUGAUUUUCGUCCAGAAGACCGCAGCUUGGAAGAGAAAAAUAAAAUAAGACGUCCCAUGAGUCCAAGUCAAAAAGCUAAAAGAGACAAAGCGGGUGAAGAAAUUUCCGAAAAACUAUUGAGUAAAUAUGGAAGCCAUUUACCAGAAGAUAUUAAAACGAGGGUAAUUGAAGAAAUAAAAUUUGCUGUUUCAAAGAUAUUUUUCGAAAUGUUUGGAAACGAUGAAGUGUCGUUCAUUGAAAUGGUAGUAAAAUUCAACUCCAAGCACAACAUUAAAGAUCAAGAGAAAAUUUUCGACGAGGUUAUGAAAAGUUUCCCGAGCCAGUAUCGGAAGCGGCCUGCGCAAGAUGAAUCUGGAAUACCGUCGAAGACAUCGAAACCUUCUCCUACACCAGUCAAAAGUAAAGAUGGCACCCAAGAAAUAUCAUAUCAAAUACCGAAUUGGGAUUAUAGUUACAUGACACAAGCGCAGUUACCCCAUAUGGAUCCCGCAAACACUUAUAUGAGUCAGCAGUAUUUUAUGACCAUGCAAGGAUUUGUUCCAACGUAUACCGACGUUGCCAAUGUUGUACCAGAUUCGAUGCCAGCAGAAACUAUCGUUUCAUCGGGAGUUGAGGGCUAUAACCUAUAUCUGUGCAAAGAUGAUUUUCAGCCAAUUAAUGGUCAUGAAGCUAACACUCUGAAAGAGCACUUGAUCCAGCAAAUGCUGAAGGUUACACAAAGUUCGCAAGGUUGGGCUCCGGAUUUCACGUUGAAAGGCUUACAGAGCCCUUUUCGUUAUGAGGUAGUCACGAAGGACAUAGCGUCAAAGGAUUGGCUUCUCAGUCUAGAUUUCAGCGAAUUCCAGGGCUUUAAUGUUCUUGUGUACACAAAAGAAGAGUUAUGGUAUGAACGCGCUGCGGUGUGGCUUCCGAGUCACUCCAAAUGUCGUAAUAUUGAGCCUCUGAUGAAACUCAAGUUGCAAAAUAGGUUUUUAGAAGGCGUCAAUAUAGGUAAGUGGAAGUUGGUGAAGAAGAUCGUUACAGCUAAAGGUACCCGCAUAUACGUUGAUAUGCCCCCGUCUUCGGCUCGCUCUUUGGAAAAUCACAAAAUGAUGCUCAGUUAUGAACUCCAGAAAGUCAACGUUUUCUUAAAAGCCGUAGCCGUGGACAAAGACGCUUUUGACGCCGGUUUAAAGGAGCCAUCUAUACGAUUUUUACCCGCCCCCCAAAACGCCCCAAUGCCUUCUAUCAACCAAAAUCCGAAUGUCAUAAAGUUCUGCCUUAAAGGAGACAAGCCAGUGUCUCUUUCGAUUGCACGAAGAAUAAAGGACUCGAUAAUAUACAAAUUAUUCCAACACCAUCAAUUAGCGGGACACAGUAGGACCGAUUUUGUAAAAUAUGGCUUCAUGACGCCCGGCUAUUUCGGAGUUCUACCUGAAAAUAACGAAUCUAAAAAUUGGCUUCUACAUCUAAAUUUAGGAUACAUAAAUCGUCAGGCCAUCGUUGUGAUGGGUGGCGAUGACAGUGAUACUCGCUAUAUUAAAAUGUUUAUCAAUUUGCCAGAGGAACAAAAUGCGUCUAUUGCAUUAGAGAGAUUAAGAAACGGCAAUCAAGGUGUGAAAGGUAUUAAUUUCAACAAGUGGAAAUAUGUCAAAGUUAAUUUCGAUCGGAAUUCGCAAAAUGCGACGCUCGCUGUUGAGAUGGACAUGGAAUCGGUGGAAACUAUUGUUAGGCUUAAAUAUCAGUUGGAUUAUGUAGGUGAGGGUGCAGAUUUUGAAACGCUUACGGUUCGUUCGGAAUAUUCGCACGAUAAAUUGAACGAAUUGUUAGAGAAAUAUAAAGAGGAACAAACCGACACGUAUGUUGUAGCGAAUAUGGAAAUUGCAUCGGAUGAAAGUGACGACGAUGUAGUGUGUCUCGAUUCCACAAUUCGUAAGAUGCCAGUGAAAUAUCCCACUAAAGCCCUCCCGCAAAGGUCGCCUACACUUAGAACGGCUGAGCAUAAAAAACUAGAUAUAAAAUCACGUCCAGAAGUGGUGAAGCAGAAAACAGAUGAGACAGCGCGCAAAACCAAGACUGAGGAGUCUCAAAAAACUGGGCGAAAGGAUGAUGAGGUUCCCAAUGAAGAUGCAGCAGAUACAACGGCUGUCAAAAAGGAAACCGACGAGUCGAUACAGGAAAUGUUUCCAGAGGACAUCCCGGAAACGGAGCGGGAAUUAGAUCCUCUCACUACACGCCUGUUGGAAUAUGAGCUGCGACAUAUUAUGAUCAAGGUAUGGCAAGAGUUCCCCGACGACCCGCCAACGGACGACGAGAAAUUGGUCGCCGAAAAGUUUAGGAACGAAGCCGGUGAUGAUAUCAGAAAUGUGAUUGGAUUAAACGUCACAAAGAGGCUGCUGAAUAUACAUAACAGGUUAAUUGUCAAGGUUCGAUUCUCCAGUCGCCCGGAGAAGAGUUAUUUGCUUGCGUUUUUGAAGAAAUAUAAAAUACGAGGCUUCAAGCGAGUCGCUUCAGAGAUCAACACGUUCGCAGCUCAAUUGAAAACCAUUGAAGACUUCGACAGAAUAUGCGCGGAGAAGGUGAUAAGCUGUGGUAAUGCAAAACUAACAAUAACUCCAUGCUACACGUUUAUGAAGUGCCCACCAAAGUUGAAAACUAAAUUUGUGGAUGAAGCUGAUGAUAAAGACGAAGAAAAGGAAAACCCUAAAGUAAAAUCAGACACUAAUAACGAUGAAGAAGAAUCUAUAAAAAUCGACGUUAAAAACAAAGUUGCAACAGAAGAAAAAGCUGGAGAAAAGAAAAAUGAGAAUAAAGAUCAAAUAGAAAGUACUACAACUAAAGCCAACCCAGUAAGAUUGGAAGUAAAAGAAGCUGAUAUAAAACCCAAAGAAGUAAAUAAACCAAAAGUUAUAAAUAAACCCGAUACGUCAAAACCAGGUAAUAUACAAACACCAGAUAAAGAAACGUCACAAAAAUCAGAAGUUAAAAAAGUAACAAACGCCAAGAUUGCGCAACCAAAAGAAAAUAGUGGUGGGAAAAUUAAUGAAAACAAAACAGAUGAAACUGAAAAAUCUGUUGGACUAACUGCAGAAAAAAAUAAAGAAACUGCUAAGAAUGAAACAAUAAACACUCCAAAAGCCAAACAGGCUAUUGUACCGAAAUCCGUAAAAGCAAAAAUUGAGCCGCCUACAAAUAAUAUUCCCACUAAAACGGUGCCUACGACAAAAACUCCUCAAAAAUUCACUAAACCCACUGCUGUUGCUAAAAGAAUCAACAAAGCAAAAGAAACUGCGAAGGUUCCAUCAAAAAAGAUCCAGAGUGGCAAAGACAAAUCUAAAGAUAUAAAAACAGUUAAAAAUCAAUCUAAAAUGGGUGUUAUUGAAAAAUAUGAUGAUUAUGAUGAAAUGGAUGAUGAAGAUAUCCUCGCAUUGUUGUCUGAAGGCGUGGUCUUAGAUGAGUGUGGUUCUGAUGAUGAAUGACUUUUUUUAAUCUUAAGUAAUUUGUAUUGUUCAUACGUACUUGUGUAGAAGUCAUUAAAUGGUGAUUUGUCUAUUGA